AUGGCUCAAGCUAAGGACAUUGCUCAAGUGUUUCUACACAAACGAUUUCCCAACUGGAAAAACAACAAUAAAACCUACAUGAUUCCCCCGCUCUUUCAAGCAACACGAAGCCGUCACCAGAUUGGUAUCACGCAGCCUGUGGUCUAUACUGAGAGAGGGGAUAACGGUGAAAGUAUCAUCUACAAUCUCUUGGAGAAGCUUGGAAACGUCCAAAGAAUGGGUAUGUUUGUUUUUCAUAAUUUUGCGUUAAACGACAUAAGAAAAUGGAACAAGAAAUGCAAAAACAAAGAAUACCUGGUACCUGAAAUAGCAUCGAAGACAGGGGAGUUCGAUUUCAUCAUUUUCCACCACCAGCUUGGUAUAAUAUCGCUUCAAGUGAAACAUUACUCGGGCAAAUUUAACAAGGCAAACAUGGAAAAAAUAGUGAAACAGCUUAAGUUUAGUCAUAACAUUAUCACGAAAUUGGCCAAUCCAAAGAGUAAUACGAAUUCUGCCACUCAUACUCAAGAUUAUGCUCCAAAAUUAUCUUCUGAGACCACUGAGAAAGAUGAUUUCUCUGUUCCAUACAAAGAGGUUCUUGCUUUACCAUUCAUCAAGAAAGCUGAUUUUAAUCGCGCCGAUUUCUCAAGCCUGAAAGAUGACAUAGUUCUCCUAUUUCAAGACGACUCUCAAGACAAGUCUUCAUUUCGGAAAUGGUGGCAUGAAGCAAUCGAAAGCCCAGCCAUGAUUAAAAUGUCAGCGGAAACCCAAGAAGCUUACGAGCGAGCGUUGUCACAUAUUUUGAUGAUCCGGCAUAUGAACCCUGUUACAGAUGUCGAAUAUAUAAGAGAAAUCCACCAAUCGCUGGACAAGUACAAGUAUCAUGGUAAUGCAGCCUACCCCCAACUUACGGAGAAUAUGUUCCCUCAUCUUUGGAAAUGGUGCUGGAAUGUCCUCAGUGAAAAAUAUAGAAAAUAUCCCGUUUUGGAUGAGGAAGAAGAAAAAGAUCCUGAUUUGAAGAAGAAAGCAGAAGACAAAAAGAAAGAAGAAAAGUUACGGCAGCAAUCUUUUAUGGAGAAGAACAAACUGGGUAAAAAAGAUCUUCCAAACAAAAAAGGAAAAAAGCUUCUUAACAAAUUGUUGGAAAACAGCAAGUAUAUUGAAGGAGAUGAAUAUUCGCUGAUAGACGAUGCAAUAUUUGCUGUAUUUGAAGACUCUCACUACCUCUUCUACAAGAAUACUCUAGAUUACAUUAACAGGAUGCGAAAAGUGUCGUUAGAGAUCGAAGAGGAGGAUACCAACGAAGAAGAAAUACUGAAGAAGUAUCCAUACCUAAAGCUAGAAUCUCCUAAGGAUUUGAACAUGCUUGACCGACACCUCGCAGAAUCAUUUUUCAUAGAUGGAGACGAACCGAGUAAAGUUGACAAACAAGUCAUGGAAUCACUAACAUGUCGAAUGCGACUCAAACAUGGUUGCCAUCCAAUAGUUAUGACCUCAGAGCAACUGGUUGUGUUCGAAGGACCCAGCAAACAGUUGAUAAUUGGCCCGCCCGGAAGUGGUAAAACAGAAUUAAUGAAGUUCAAGGCCCUCGAACUGAAUAUUAAUAUGAAAAUAUGCAAGAGUGAGAAGAAGAUUAUGUACAUUCUUGCCAAUGGAUCUCCUGAUUAUCCCGAGGGAAAUUCCCUAUUAUUUUACCAAAUUAAAGAGUUUUUCAAAAAGUCCCAUCUCGUUGAGGUUAUCUCUAUUGUAAUCAAGGACGAACCAUCUGAAGACACAGAACAUACGACAUCAGAGAUCAGGAAAAAAAUUCAAAAUGGCGAGUAUGAACAUGCCUUUAUCGAUGAGUACUGGAUUGGGUCCAGAACGACUGAGAACAAGAUAAUACUAGAGAUUGUUCGUGGAUUACCAGGUUAUGUAUGGAUUAGCUCUGUGUUCAACUACCAACCAGAAGCGAAGAAAGUGAAAGCUAAUACUCAGCCACUUUUAACAGCUCUGCAUGAAAAUGGUGGAGAGGUUCGCCAUGUCACUCAAGUCACGAGAGCCACGAACAGUAUCAUAGAGCUUGAAAGAGAUUACAGUAAGGUGUAUGCAGAUCGAUCUUACCCUUAUGGAACUGAACGGAUCCUUGGCCACUCUUACGAAGGGUUACCUGUGACAUGGGCUGUUGAAGAAAACGUGAGCGAGAUGUACGACAAAUGUGUGGAUAUUGUUUACAGAGCCAUAACUGAUGUCAUCCGCUGGGAUAUACUUAAUAGAGAUAACAUUACUCUAGACCCUGCAGAUAUCCUCAUUGUGGAUUUCGCUAUUCGGAUGGAUGAGUCACGUCAGCUGGAGCAGUCACUGAUGGAUCGCUUAACCAACCGUCAUGUUCCUGUUUGGACAUUUGAUGAAAGUCGAGACAAAACGAGGAAAGUGACUCUACUGCAAUCUGUCACACAUAGUGCCUCCAAAUUCGUAGAUGGUGUUGAAUGGGCAAUGGUCGUUGUCAUCCUGCCUUCUGGCAUGGUAGGAGAGACAGCAAAGCUGGCAGAUGGAGCAGAGAAGCUCAGGAAUUACGACCCUUAUAUUUCCUUCUUUCGAACGAUGGUGAAGUUGGUCGUGAUCUCAGAUAAGUGGACAAAUAAGGAGGAGUUUUUGAGUGAUGUCAAGAAAAAACUCAAUCCAGACCCGUAA